AUGGAGGUCGAAGAUGGCCGCUACGUUCAGUACCUCCAGCAGAAGUUGAAGUUGGAGCUUGGGCGUGCUGGGCCUGAGCCCGUGUGCCCAGCCCAGGAACAGGAGGUGGAGGACGGCCACUACGUGCAGUCUCUCCACACAAAGUGGGAGCCAAUCUGCGUUUACAAUGAAGUGGAGCUCGAGUCCAAUGCAUCCACCGAAGAGCCAAUGGUCGGCCACGUGCCUUCAGAGGAUAUAGCUUCUCAGGGUGGUGAGUCACCGAUGGAGGACAAGCCGAAGUGCAAUCCUGGCAGUGCGGGUCAUCCGGAGCUGUGUCGCCGCCCUUGCAUCUAUUUCGCACUCGGCCAAUGCAUGAACGAGGCUGACUGCAACUUCUGCCACCUGUCUCACAACAAUCGCUCUGCGACGUUGGACAAGAGCCAGCGCCAGGUGAUCAGGCAGAUGAGCCAGCACGACUUCUUGUCCAUGCUGCUGCAGAGUCUGCAGUUGAAGGCCGCAGAGGGACGUUUCGAGCUUGAUGCAGAAGAUGUGCUCCAGCUCUUCAGGGAGCAGAUGGGCCGUCUGAGGGCAAUUCCCAGCAAGGUGCCCAAGGCCAAAAUCAUGAACCUCGAGAAGGCUUUGAUGCGGAUGACCUUCUUCAGCGUCGCCAGCCUCACGUCUCGCGGAAGCUUUGAUACAGGCUUCAUCGAGCUGUGCAAGGAGAAGGUCGCCUUCCUGCGACAGAAAGUAGCAUGA